AAUAAUAAAAUAAACUAUUCAAUUAUUAUAACAUUCCUAGUUGAGAAAAAUAUUGUGUCAACCAUUUUGAUCUCGUACUAUGAAGUUACUACAACCAGCGCUUAUCUUUGGCUUUGCAGCGACGGUGACGGCGUUGUUGAUCCCCUCAGAAUUUCAAAUUAGUCGUAUAAUGGAUAAUUUAUUCACUGGAUACUCUCAGAAAGCAGAUAGCUAUAACCGUGCAUCACAGCUCCCAACUAUCAGUGACUUGUUGACUCUGCAGCGUGGAUCUCUAUUUUAUGACUACGUUAGAGAAGUUAGCCAAGUCGAGAGAUUACUCGAUAACCAUGCUACAAAACUCACGGUAUUCGCACCUACAAACAAAGCUAUCGUCAAUUUACAUAGACGCCCUCACCAAGUUGAGCACAGCGGUGUUGAGAGUAUGAGGAUAUGGGAGAAUGCCAUGACCUCGAGUGUGAGGAAUUGGGUGGAAUCACAUAUAGUUAGAUCCUCUGACUUGGAGAUAAACAAAACUUAUGACGCACUUAGCCAAACAAAGAUCACGUUGACGGAACGUGAUGGAAUCAAGUUAGUCAAUGGAAUUAAAGUACUCGAUAUCAAAACAGCAGAUAAUGGAGAACUCUACGUUAUAGAAGACGUUCUAAGAGAUUAGUUAGAUGACGAUCAUGAUUUACGGCCUGUUGUAUUGAUAUAUUUACUUUCUAAGAUCAUCUAGA